UCAUUCCCUCCUUUUAAGCACCAUUUUUUUUCUCUAUUCCCCAUGCAUCGCUCUCUCUCUUUGAGCAAAACAAAUUCCGGCCUUAUUAUAAUCUGACACACCAUUUUUUUCUUUAUUGGCGUGUCUAGAUUUGCCUAUUUUCUUUAACUGCAAGUUCCAAUGGAGAUUUUCCAUUGUUUGUACUCUCAUCUACUUGCAGCAUCAAUGUUCCUCUUAGUAGUUUCAGCAGCUGAUCUCUACUCAGAGGCGCUUUUGAGCUUAAAAUCUGAGAUUGUAGAUGAAUAUAAUAGUCUUAAUGAUUGGUCUUUGCCUUCUGCAAAAAUCCCACCUGGGAAAACCUCAGUAUGUUCUUGGUCUGGUGUCACUUGUGACACGAAUUCCACUAAUGUUAUUGCCUUAGACCUUUCUGCGAAGAACCUUGGUGGUGCGAUCUCAGGGAAACAAUUCGAAGUCUUCACCAAGCUUGUUAAUCUCAACCUUAGUUACAACUCUUUCUCUGGGCAGCUUCCUUUGGGACUUUUCAACCUGACCAGUCUCAAAAGUUUGGAUAUCAGCAGGAACAACUUUUCUGGGCACUUUCCUCCUGGAAUCUCUGGUCUACAGAACUUGGUUGUUCUAGAUGCUUUCAGUAACAGCUUUUCCGGGUCAUUGCCUGCUGAUGUUUCCCAGCUUGAAAAACUCCAGAAUCUAAAUUUUGCUGGGAGCUAUUUCAGGGGACCAAUCCCACCAGAAUAUGGCUCAUUCAAAAGCCUCGAGUUUAUCCACCUUGCAGGGAAUCUUCUCAGUGGAAGCAUACCACCAGAACUAGGGAAGCUCAAAACAGUAACCCAUAUGGAGAUUGGCUACAACUCUUAUCAGGGGGGUAUACCUUGGCAUCUGGGCAACAUGAGUGAGCUUCAGUAUCUUGAUAUUGCUGGUGCUAACCUCUCUGGUUCAAUACCGAAGGAGCUCAGCAAUCUCACCAAGCUAGAGUCACUCUUUCUGUUCAGGAACCAGCUCACUGGAGAUAUACCUUGGGAGUUCAGCAGAAUUUCAGCUCUUUCAAGCUUGGAUCUUUCUGAUAAUCAUAUUACUGGGUCAAUCCCUGAGAGCUUCUCAGAGUUGAAAAAUCUUAAACUGCUCAGUCUGAUGUACAAUUCCAUGAGUGGCACUGUUCCUGAACGUAUUGCAGAGCUUCCAUCACUUGAGACUCUUCUUAUAUGGAACAAUUUCUUCUAUGGGGAACUUCCACAGAGCUUAGGAAGGAACUCAAAACUCAAGUGGGUAGAUGUCUCCACAAACAAUUUUAUGGGCACUAUUCCACCAGAUAUCUGUGCAAGAGGAGAGCUUUAUAAGCUGAUACUGUUUUCCAAUAAUUUCACUGGUGGUCUUUCACCAUCUCUCUCCAAUUGUUCUUCACUUGUCCGUCUUAGGCUUGAAGAUAACUCUUUCUCAGGUGAGAUCCCAUUGAAAUUUAACCAUCUUUCUGAUCUCACAUAUUUUGAUCUAUCCAGGAACAAGUUUAGUGGAGGGAUUCCAAAAGAUUUAUCCCAAGCUAUCAAACUUCAAUACUUCAACAUUUCUGAUAAUCCAGACUUAGGUGGAACAAUUCCUUCCAAAACAUGGACCUUGCCAAUUCUUCAAAACUUUUCAGCUUCCUCAUGUGGUAUUUCUGGAAAUCUACCUCCAUUUCAAGGCUGUGACUCCUUCAUUGUUGUUGAGUUGAACAUGAACAAGUUAUCAGGAGCAGUACCAGUAACCAUUUCCAAUUGCCAUUCACUUGAGAAAAUUGAUUUAGCAAACAAUAAUUUGUCAGGUCAUAUACCUGAUGAGCUAGCUAGUCUUCCUGCUCUUGCUGACAUUGACCUCUCACAAAACCGUUUCACUGGACCAAUACCAACCAAGUUCAGCCAUUCUUCAAGCUUACAACUUCUGAAUGUGUCCUUCAACGACAUCUCCGGUUCUAUUCCCUCAAAAGAAUUGUUUAGAACAAUGGGCAAAAGCGCAUUCACUGGCAAUCCAAAGCUAUGUGGAUCACCUCUUCAAUCAUGUUCUCGCUCAAUGGCAAUGUUCGGAAGCAAAGGCACUGGAAAACUCUUAUGGGUAGUGUUACUCUGCAUUGGAGUAGUUAUGCUCACAGCACUAUCAAUAGUAGCAAUACUUUACCUUCGCAGAGGCAGUAGAGGGCAGUGGAAGAUGAUAUCCUACAGUGGACUGCCUCAGUUCACAGCUAAGGAUGUUUUGAGGAGCUUUAGCUCUGCAGAAUCCAUGGAUGCUGUUCCUUCAGUGCCUAGCUCAGUGUGCAAAGCAGUUCUUCCUACAGGAAUAACAGUUACAGUCAAAAAGAUUGAGUGGGAGGCAAAGAGAAUGAAGAAGAUGCUGGAGUUUAUAAACCAAAUAGGGCAUGCAAGGCAUAAGAAUCUGACUAGAUUGCUUGGAGUUUGCUACAACAACCAUCUGGCUUACCUCUUAUAUGACUACUUGCCCAAUGGAAGUUUGGCUGAUGAGAGGAUUGAAGUGAACAAGGACUGGGGAACAAAGUACAGAAUUGUGACUGGCAUUGCAAGAGGUUUAUGGUUCCUUCACCAUGACUGCUCUAUUCCUCAUGGAGAUUUGACAUCAAGUAACAUAUUUUUCGAUGAAAAUAUGGAACCCCAUUUGGCGGAAUUCGGAAUCACUUACCUGCUAGAGCUGAACAAAGAUUCAUUUUCAAGAAGGGAAACAGGUGAGUUCAGUGGCAACAUAAAAGAAGAGCUUAACAUGGAUAUCUACAACUUCGGAGAGAUUCUACUCGAAAUUUUAUCAAACAGCAAGUGGACAAAGAUGAACAAUGCCGGAACAAGCAUGCAGAACAAGCCAAUGGAAGUUAUGUUGACAAAAGUUUUGAAUGAGAAUGAAGUUGGUACAAACAGUUCAAUAGAAGAGGAAAUUAAACUUGUUCUUGAAGUUGCUUUGCUCUGUACAAGUACUCCAACUGAUAGACCUUCCAUGGAAGAAGUACUGAAGCUUUUAUCAGGGUUGAAACCACAAAGAAAGUAAAAGCAGAAACUUUCAGAGUUCAGAAGCAACUGGGGUUCAAAUUCUAGCUCAUAUUUGAUUACUACAUAAAAUUACUAUUAACAUACACAAUAUAUAUAGUUUUAACUCAUAAAGAAUUGCUGUUUGGUAGUUAAGAGUUGUUUUAGGGCUUGUUUCUACCAUAUUUGAUUAUUUGUUGCUCUGUAUUUUGGUGUAUAUUGUAUUGGUGCCAUAUAUAAGUUUGUGUAAUAAGAUUUUAUGAAUCUAGUGGAAAAUCCAUAAAGAAAAAAAGUUGCUUGGUCAUAAUAUUAUUGCUUUUUCUUUUUCCA